AUGGCUCCACGAGCAUUGCUUCUAAUUUCUUCAUUCAUCGGAGCGAUAUUGAUAUCGUCGAUAAGUGGAACACAAUAUUUAUUCGCCGCGUACGGACCAGCAUUAGCACAUCGAUUACAUUUUUCUUCGGUGCAAAUUAAUACGAUCGCUAGUGCUGCAAAUUAUGGUUGUUAUUUGUCGAAUCCACUUUUCGGUCAUAUUUCGGAUAAGUAUGGUCCUAAAAUUACCACAUUAUUCGCUUCUGUGACGUUGUUUUUCAGUUUCCUUGGUUUGGCAUCCACUUAUCAUGGCAUUCUACCACCACUUUUUUCGCUUUGUGUAAUUUGUCUUUUCUUGACGGGAAUGGCUUCAGCAGCAGGAUUUAUGGCAGUGUUAACAACACAGGCAAAGAAUUUUCCAGCGAUCCGAGGCAUAGCACUCGGAAUUCCAUUGGCCUUAUUUGGUCUUUCGGCAUUUAUAUUCUCAACAAUUGAAUCUUGGUUUUUCGGUGAUCAAACUUAUAGAUUUCUUGUAUUUCUAGCGAUAAGUACAAGUUUAUGUAAUCUUGUUGGAUGUGCCGCGUUGAAUGUAGUCGCGCAACCGUCAACUCAAUCAUCAAAUGAAGUUCCAGAAGCACCAACUACAAACGUACAACAAAGCGAAUCAAUAGACACAGAACAAACGCCAUUACUUUUCAAAAAUAUAAAAAAGCAAGAGCAACAACAAGAAAACAAUGAUAAUAAAGAUGAGUUAAACAUUAGCGGUUCGGAUUUACUCCGCAACAGCGACGCACAAAAUUUAUUCUUUAUUCUACUACUCACAGGUGGUGUUGGACUAAUGUACAUCAACAAUGUCGGCUCAAUACUGAGAAGUUUAUUCGACACGACUUUAAUGUUUGAUGAUCAUGAAAAACUAUUGAAAUAUCAAAAUUUUCACGUUUCUCUGAUUUCAGUGUUCUCGUGCAUUGGUCGCGUAUCUUCAGGAUUUAUUUCGGAUCUCACCAAACAAACAUUUAAUUUGCGGCGAAUAUGGUUUAUGUUGUCGGCGUCGAUUUUACUUUUAAGUGGACAAAUUAUCGUCGGGUUUUUCGCGACGCAUUUGGAGACAUUGUGGAUUGGAAGUAUGCUCAUUGGAUUGGGAUUUGGUAAUUUGUUAGGAAUUGCGCCUACCAUUGCUAGUGAAUGGUUUGGGUUGAGAAGAUUUGGUUUGAAUUGUCCAUCGCAAUCGGCGGACAACUCUGCAGUCUCGUAUUCGGAUUCAAUCGGGAUCUGCAACGCCAUAAAUGCAUUGGCGCAAAUUGCUAUACUCAUGUUUUCUGGCUCACAUCUGCCGCUUGUCUACUGA